AUGGCUUCGCAAGAUUGCGUUUCGUGUACGGCAGCCGGUACCGGCACACGUCCUGACAAAAAUAACAAGAUAUGUGACAACGAAGUCGAUAUAUACAGAGAUACUGUCGUCCGAUACUUAGGUUAUGCAAAUGAAGUUGGUGAAUCUUUUCGUGCCUUAGUUCCUGUAUCGCUCGUACGUUUCAGUUAUCUUGUUGCUAGUGGUUACGUUGUAGCAGAUUCUGUUGACAAAGGCUUGAAAGCUAGCAGGAUACAAUGGAAAAAUAACACAACUAAAAAGAAGAAAAUUGUGCAUGCUGUUGGAGACAGUUUAGUAUGGCAAGGGUUGGCAUCAGUUGCAAUCCCUGGCUUUACUAUUAAUAGAAUAUGUGCCUUGUCACUCUUUAUUCUAAGAAAAACAACAUCGCUGCCAGUCGGUGUUCGAAAAUGGACAACAACAGCAAUCGGAUUAUCAGCUAUACCUUUCAUCAUUAAGCCGAUUGACAGGUCUGUGGAUUAUAUGAUGGACAGUACUUUAAGGAAAAUCUACAGAAUUGAAGAAGAUGAGCAAGUAUUUGUACAUCAUGAAAGAUAGUGUACACACUCUUGCUUCUUAAAAACAUUUUACUAUACGGGUUAAGGACAGCAAACAGUACUAUGCAUUGCAGUGUGAUGACGUUGCAUUCACACUUUGCAAAUCUGUGAGUGAGGUAUCAUCCCUUGACCAAUAUCUACACCUUAUAAUUUUGAGAUUUUGGAUGGGUAAUAAGAAAUUAACUGCAGGAUAUGAAUUUAAAUUACCCUUGUAAGUUUGAUUUGUAAACAAUAGACACUGAGUUAGGAGGCUUUGUUUGUCUUUGAAAGUUAGUUGCAUUGCAGGUAUGUUUGUCUAAGGGAUGAGGCCCUCCAGUACUCUCAAAAUGAAUUGUGUGCAUAAAUCAGGAAUGGAUAUCUAAUUUGCAUACUG